GACUAUCAAUGUUACUAUAUAUGUCAUCAUAGUAGUAUAACAAACAUAUAGCAGUCACUAGGAGAGCGAUGGCGCAGUAAGUAAUGAAUUGUUUGUAUAAGAUACAAUGACGUCAAUGUUUACUUAAAGUUGGCCUGUUGCCCGUUCAGGUGUGCAAAGCACAACCUGCGCUUGAAGCUGUACUGUGAGGAAUGUGGGACGAUGUUAUGCCGUGUUUGUCGCUUGGAAGACCACAAGGAUCACAGAUGCACGUCUCUGGUGGCAGAAGCAGACGCCCUCCGUCGUGAAUUCACAGCCUUUAAGAGAGAGAACCGGAAGGUCCUCAUUGAGCGGAACAAAGACAACAACUGCUAUGAUGUCGAAAACAUGCGAAGGGAAGCAAACGACAGAGCGGAGGCUCUCAAGGAGAGGCUUAUUGCAAAGGUAGACGACGAAUGUCGCUGGUUUCUCAAGCAACUUGGCGACGGUGGCGUCACACUAAGCCCUGCACAAAGUGUCUCCAGUAUUGCCGACUCGGGAAGCGUGGCGGGAUCAGUGAUCUCAGAUAGUGGUGACCCAUCUACAACCCCUCUCAAAUUUUCCUCAGCUGUCAAGGAAAACAAAGAGCUGAAUAAUGAUGACGAGGAGACGUGCGUGACAGAAGACGAGACGACUCUGUGUGACGAUUUGAAGACCGUCCAUUUCGGCGUAGACGAGAACUUGGAUCUGUUGGAAGACUUGCCCAUUGAUGACAACACAAGAGGCGCAGUGAUUGGCCUACAGGCACCGAAGAAGUUUCCUACAGUAGACUUCCUCCACUCUUUCGGAAAAUAUGGCCAGUUCUGGGGCCCCGAAGGUCUGACCAUCUGUCCCAAAGGAACAGUCAUUGUAGCUGACUCAUUGAGUCAUCGGGUUCAGCUUUUCGACAUUAAUGGAAAAUGGGAGGGAGAGAUAUCAACACGAAACGGUGGCGUCACCUUUCCAAGCGCUGUUGCAUGUCGCUCGUUGAAUUCGAAAGCAGACAUAUUUGUCACGUGUCCUGGUAUGGGAGAAGUGCUUAAGUUACCCUGCUUAUGCUCGAGGAAGGUUUCGACAGAACUGUAUAUCGCAGGAUGCAAAGGUGUAGCUGCGUUGGACAAAGGUCAUACAUUGAUUUUUUCUGAAAGAGUAAAUAACACAGUUGCCAUAUAUGCUAGAGGAAGGGAUCCAGUUUCUAAAACAAUUAAAUACAUGAAAACCAACACAAUUAAGUCACCUCUCUCUGCGCCGCGGAACAUCAACACAGACGGUCUGUCCAACAUCUACGUUUCUGACAUUGGCGACGGGACGGUCAAAGUUCUGGAUAACGAAGGACGCCUGAAAGUUACCAUCGGUAAGGACAUUCUCCGGUGCCCAAAAGGAGUGUGUGUCGACAAAGAGGGAAAUGUUAUCGUUGCAGAUCACUGGAAAAACACACUGGAGAUAUUUGCAAGUGACGGGCAUCAUUUGGACACCCUUGUUGCCAAGCAAGAAGGUCUGAAGUCACCACAGGAGAUUGCUCUGACACCAGACGGGACGAAGUUGGUCGUUGUGGACGGCGGAAACCAUUGUGUUCUCGUCUACAAGUACAACCAUGCUGGAAACAAGGGUGUUCUCACAAACAAGAACAUACGGGACUAAAUAACAAGCCAGCAAAUCACUGAAGACACUAAUAUUUCCCACGGCUCCAUACCAAACCACUCAGAGUUCGCUCUUGUAAGGCAAACCCUUUUGAUUCUUUGUGGUAUAUAGAACGAGUAUGUAGGCUAUGUUCUAUCCGGGUGCUUAAUAUACCAUAUAAAGCUGGUAGGCAUCCUUCCAUCUUUGCAGAUGAUGGUAGCGCUCUGUAUAUAUAAAACAGUGUACAAUAUAGGGUACAGGAACUGGAAACUCAACAGGAUCUAGAACGAUAGUGUAGCAUCAGAAUGAAGAUCAUCUGAAGAAAAAGUUUUGUCCUCUGACAACCCCCCAGGAAAUCCCAGAUUUCUACGAUAUCUACAACCCUGUGACGUUCAAGCAUGCCCCAGAUCGACAAGCCGCUGUGGGUGCAUUAAAGAGAAGAAACAAAUGUUAAGUCCCUAUAGAUGCUAAAUUUUUGUCUUCAAAU